AUGGCAUAUACCGCACAAUCCGCCGAAGCCAAGGCCCACGCAGCGGUGACAUCCGGAAGCCUACCCCACCCUCCGCAUGAAGUCAUCGUAGCCGCAAUAACCUAUGCAACAGCGAAAGCGUAUGAGCAAGUCACUCAGGCCAGCGGCAGGCCUUCAAACGGCUCGGACAUUGAUCAAACCGCUGAGAUGCUCGAUGGAUACGCGGAGACUUUCAUUGACGGCGUUUCGAGCAUCAAGGAGAUGCCCAAGCUCGAGCAGACGAAGUUGAAGCAAGAAGCUUGCACCCGAGCUGAGGCGGCCCUCAGAGCCAAGGGAGAGCUCUGA